AUGCCGCCGAAAGGCUCCAAGAAGGCCGCCGCUACAGCCCCAGCCAGAACCCUCGUCCUCGAUAAUGGCGCCUAUACGAUCAAAGCCGGCCUUGUCUCGGCCGCCCCCGCAAACCCAAGCUACGAUGACUGCGUCGUGAUUCCGAACUGCGUCGCUCGCAGCACACGCGACAAGCGCACCUAUAUUGCCUCGGAGCUAGCACAAUGCAAAGACUUUGGAGAAUUGGCAUUCCGGAGGCCAGUUGAGAAGGGAUUCAUCGUCAAUUGGGAGGCAGAGAAGGCUAUUUGGGAGCAUGAGUUCACGGGCGCUGGCGCGGGGGAAGGGCUGAGGUGUGAACCCAAGGAAACGAAUUUGAUCUUGACAGAGAAGCCGAAUUGCCCGAAGGAGCUGCAGAAAAACUGCGACGAAAUCGUCUUUGAGCAAUUCGAGUUCGCAGCCUACUAUCGAUGUAUUGGUCCUACCCUAAAUGCCUACAAUCCCUCAUCAGUCGGCUCAUUUUCUGCCCUCCCCCAAGAAUGCCUCCUCAUCAUCGACACGUCGUACUCCGACACGACGAUACUACCUAUUUACCACGGGCAGCUUAUCCAGUCAGCACUGCGACGCCUCACCGUUGGCGGCAAGCUACUCACCAACUACCUCAAAGAGCUCUCCUCACUCCGACACUACAACAUGCUGGAGGAGACAUAUCUUUUGAAUGAGAUCAAGGAAGCUGUGUCCUUCGUGGCGCCAUCCACACAACAAUUCUCCGAGGAUCUGGAGCGGACUUGGAAGGGGAGAUUAGGCGACAAAAGAGAGCUAGACUCGAGCAUCGUGCUGGACUACGUGCUACCGGACUACGAGAGAUCGAUCCACGGAUACGCAAGACCGCACGAUCCCGCCAAGUCAAGAAUGCGCCGCGGUCUGCAGCCACUCCAAGGACCACGAGAAGAUCUGUUGCCUCUUGGCAACGAGCGAUUUGCGGUGCCCGAGCUCCUGUUCAACCCUACAGAUAUUGGUAUCCAAGAAGUGGGGGUUCCAGGGGCUGUCAUGCAAUCUCUCAGUAUCCUCCCGGAAGCUUUGAAAGUGGGCAUGCUGGCGAACAUCGUUGUGGUCGGAGGCAACUCGCUUAUUCAAGGCUUCAUGGAGAGAUUGCAGUCCGAGCUGAUGGCGCUGGUGCCGGCCGAGUAUGUGCUUAACCUCACGAGAGCGGAAGACCCAAUCAAGCAUACGUGGUUGGGAGCUGCCCGGUUUGCGCGCGAGCCUGAGCGGCUGAAGCAGGUUCUGGUCUCCAAGGCGGAGUAUGACGAGCGAGGCUCUGCGUGGCUCGGGAAGAAGUUUGCUGGAGGAGAGAAAGUAGCUUAACCUUCAGUCAUGCGCCAUACGUGGUCUGUAGACAAUUGUAUGCAUAAAUGGCGAAUUGACGCCGCGAAUGGAUUUCAAUGCAUCUAUAUCUCGGUGCUAGUACGUGCACCUCUGCGGUUCUUAGGGAAGGUGAGGU